GUGCAUGUUUGGAUGACGUUCACACAUUUGUCUCUGGAGGAGCUGACCUGCUUCUGACCCUGACCCGGUCCGAACAGCUCUCACCCUCUAACGUCGCCUCCGUCCAGAAACACUGCUGCUGAAUCCUGUGCGAUGCUGGAGGCGGAUUUCCAUCCUGUCUCUCCAGUCACACAGCGACCUGGUUUGAACUGCCGCUGCCGUCUCCUCUCAUCCCGUCUCCUCAGCCGAACCUCCUGCUGCUGCCUCAUGGCGUCUUGUGUGUGUGUGUGUGUGUGUGUGUGAGAACAGGCUUUUGUCUUGGCUGUUGUGCGAUGCCAAUCCUUCCUCAGGACGCCGAGCGAUUCGAUGGUCUGUCUCUGCUGUACUGGUGAGACGCUUGGUCUUCUCCCGUUAGCGGCUUCGUGGCUCCUCUCUGCAGCGGUGCUUCAUGUAGGUCAGGCUUCAGAGGACGAUCAUGGGUCCACACGGCAUCAACCGAGCCGUACAGAGGCUGGAGUUCUGCGACUGCAGGAAGGGCCUGGGUGUGAAGAUCAUUGGAGGCUACAAAGAAGUGACGGGAGAGGAGUUCGGCGUCUACGUGAAGCGGGUGAUCGUCGGGGGCCUCGCGGCUCUAGACGGUCGACUUCGGUCGGGGGACCUGAUCCUGGACGUGAACAACGUCAGUCUGAUGGGGGUGACCACCGAGAGGGCGGUGGACAUCCUGAGGUCGGCCUCGCUCUCCAACCACAUGUGCCUGCUGAUCGUCAGAGACGAUGAGUCCAGGAGGGAGUUUUCUGAGCUGAUGGAGAAGUACGGCUCCAACAGCAUCACGCCUUCGGAGCAGAUCUCUCCCACUCAGCUCUGCACAGGGAAACCGACAGACACAGCCUCGUCCUCCUCGUCCUCCAGGUCAGCGAGCCCCCAGCUCCUCAGUCCUAAAGAGGGGGUCACCGCCUACGCCCACAGCGCCCCCCACACCAUGCACAGCUUCAGUGACAGUGGCAUUCAGUUGAUCUGCGUUGCCAAGGGAACGAGCCUGGGGCUCAUUGUCAAGGGGGGGGCCAACCGUGCCGAAGGACCAAUGGUGUUCAUUCAGGAACUGGUGCCUGGAGGCGACUGCCACAAGGACGGCCGGCUGCAGGUCGGGGAUCAGCUGGUGUCCAUCAACAAAGAGUCUCUGAUCGGAGUGACGUACGAGGAGGCCAGGAGCAUCCUGACACGCACCAGACUCAGACCGGACCCCACGGUGGAGAUCGCCUUCAUCAGGCGGAGGUCUUCCUCCAGCUCCAGCAGCGGGUCUCACAGCCCCGGAGCGGCCCAGUCCAAGGCCUCGGCGCCCAGCACUCUGCCUCUGCAGCCGACGGUGGUCACCAAGAUCACCUCCAGCCGAAACCCGGCCAGCGAGACCCUGCCAGCGGUCAACAUCAGCCAGGUGCGAGUGUCUCCGGCCCGAACGGAGCAGAAACACACCUCCACCCCCCCCCAGAGCGCCGCCCCGGUCGACCCACCGCCUGGCAGCCUCGCCGGCAGCGGCAGCUGCCAAGCUCCUCCUCCAAGAAGCUCGCUGUGCAGCCGCCGCCUCCGGCUGGAGCGCGUGGAGCCGGCUCUGGAUCUGAUUGGUCUGAAGCCCACGGAGGCUCAGCGCCAGGCGAUCCGGACCAGACUAGCAGCUGAUGCAGACGGGACGGUGGCCUUUGCAGACUUCGAGAGCCUGAUCCGGGAGCUGUUCACGCCUCAGCUGGACGAGCCGGCCGGGUCCAAGUUUAGGUCGGAGGGUCUGUCCAGGUUGCUGGAGUCUCCCAACAAGCCGCUGUCGCUGUCGGACUCAGACGACCUGGAGGAGAUGGAGCAGCUGAGGAAGGAGCACAUCGAGGCCCUGAGGGAGAUCAAGAAGCUCCAGGAGCAGCUGGUGGAGUCUCAGCGAGUGCACCUUCAGAUGGAGGAGGAGCUCAGCAGGAUCCAGCAGGAGGUGAAGCUAGGAGCAGAGGAGAGUCGGGCUCUGAGGACCCAGGUCCAGUUGGCAGAGGCGGCCCAGAAGCAGACCAGGGGGAUGGAGAUGGACUACGAGGAGGUGAUCCACCUGCUGGAGGCCGAGAUAGCGGAGCUGAAGGCUCCGAGGGCGGAGCAGCCGGCGCCGAGCAGCCGAGGCCGAGGAGCUGAGGAAGAAAGCGGCCGUCCUGGAGUGUCAGCUACGCAAGAGCGAGGCGUCCAGGAGGGGCUUGGAGGCGUCCACCGCAAAGCUGCUGGGCUUCGUGGAGAACGUUCAAGAGUUCCUGCUCGAAGGCCUCGGACCCACAAAGAGCUACAGCUCUGGGGACGUGAAGGUGGGGGCGUCCUCUCAAGGCCUCGCGCGCUACAAGAAGAGCGCUUGGACCGCUGCCGCUCUGGCGCAGGAGGCCAAGGAGCUCAGCCGGGCCGUCCGGGCCGUCCUGGACGUCGACUUGCUGACCUUCUAGAGGAUCCGGCUGUAGGACCCAGCCAGCGAGGCCCAAUCCGGACCCCCUCCCUCGGCUCCUCAACUCCUCAGUAGCUGCUACCCAUGGACCCGUGUCUUAACUCUGCAUGAAACUGUCCUGUCACCGUCAGAACACAGUGGCUUCAGUCCAGCGGAGCAGAGUCGCUGCCUGAGCCGCUGGGACGAGGCCACUGCAGCUGAUGGAGCGCACCAACCUUCUAGUUCGGAUCAGCUCACUGGAAACAUUGCGGUUAGUUCUGUGCUGAGUGGAGACGAGCUGUAACUCAGCGUCAGCAGGUCACAAGGUUCAGUCACGAUACUUCACCUCUGUAGCAUAAAACCCUUCGUCCACGUCAGUGGCGGCUGUAGCUGAUGAUAGAAGCUCAACCUGCUUAGAGUAGCUCUGUGUACCCGAAUGCAGCCAUGGACACAUCCAGUGUGUGGAGGAGCACAUCAAACAGGUGACUGGCAGAGAUGUGGUGACACGGGCCAGUGUGGCUGUUUUCAUGUCAGACCCAGAUGUCAAACUGUGAGUUCUGUCAAACUGAUACUUGUGUAUUAAAGCAUUGCUCUUU